CGAUGACAGUAAUAGCACUAGAGUAUGAUCUAACGAGCGACAACACGAAGUACUGCUUUUGUUGUAUCUUAUUUCCCUAACAGUGCUAUCAUAUCAUAUUGGCCACAAUUAAAGGAUGCUUUCGAUUUCUUGCCUCUUACCCUUGUUACUACACGACUUCUAUUAUCAUCCGUUCGUUGAGGAAAAAGCUUUUGUAUAAUCACAACUUUUUUCGCUCGGCCGCCCAUCAAAAAGUUUAGAGGCUUUUCUCGCCAGCAAUGUCUUACAGAGGCGGCGACGAAGUUGCAAUGGGUGCUGGAACAACGCCCACCUACCAAGGGACCACGGUGAAAACGUUUUGUACUGACGAGACAGCCGGGCCGGCGGACGAUCGUAUCGAUGUUACCUUCUCCGUGGAGAUCUCCAACGAAAUGAGCCCGGAAGUGGCUUCUACCACGAAGAGUGAUUUAUCCAAAGCGGGCCCGCCCCUGGUGGGAAGGGAAGUCGUGACAGGGGCCUUGUGCCCAGAUGCGCUACUAGAAGUAGACGCAUCGAAUCGCGCAAACUAAGCGGCAAUACGCCGCUGCUCCUGGCGAGUGAAGAAGGGCGGCGCCCGCAAUCCUGCGCGCGAUCCCCCUACCCCUGGUGGGUGUUCUCUUCUUGAAGAAGAGCCCCGCUCUGGAAGCGGGCGAGCCUUGCAGGCUCCUGGUGAGCAGGCGAGGCGCCUCGCCGUCUCUUUUGGGUGAGAUGGUUGUGGGGCUUCGGCCGGCUUAACCUGAACAGCCCAGCGCCACACCCUGCCCGACCACUCCGAGGAAGGCCCUCGGGUGUGUUGCCGCGUCGUGUGCAAAGAGGCCCGGCAUGGUGUGUCCCUCUCGGCCUUCGGCCGAAUUAGUGGGCACGCUCGCACCGCCGUAAGCCCUAGCGCCCUACGCCGCGCGCAGCAGCUUGCGGCACUUCCCGGGGAUGGAAGGAAGCGGUGGGGCCUGCGCUAUUCGGGAAAGCCGCGGCGGGCACCCCCAGCCCCCUGGCGGGGCCGGCGCCGCCCUUCUUGACGAAGGGCGCCCGCCCGCGCGCGCGCCGCCCAUGGCGGAGAAGGGCCGCGCCCUUCCCGCACAGAUAGUGUCCGGCCUAAAGUCAGACGACAAUUAAAGGACGCGCCCAGGUAGCGCGAAUCGGGAUCCUUUCGCCGUAGUAUAAUCAAUCUGUGUUGCCCACCUGGUGUGCGCCCUCUGAUUCAUUGGUGCUACUAUACGGAACGAGUGCAAGAGCCGGUCUGCCAAGGCCACAAACCUCCAGCGCGCUGUUCUCCUCCAGCUCUCGCCACUUGAUGUGGCGACUGCGUAGGAGGGUUACGUUUCGCCGGGCCUCCACAGCCUCGCUGUCCGGCGGGUUGCUGCAAGUAUAGCAGGGCUAAAGAGCGGGCGCCGCGUCUGUUUGAAACAAGAGCGGAUCAAAUACAAUACAAUUUAUCCAAAGCGGCGUCGAAUGACUCGCACAGAAAUGGUGGGACGAGCACAGAGCAGAAUUUGGAGUUAAAUUGUCGUUCCCCAGCUUCUCUCUCGUCCAGUCCAGCCCUUGCUGAGACGCGGCCCACUUGUUCUACCACCAGCGACGCUCGAACUACGCCGGCAGGGAGGUCGUCUUCACCACCGCCGUCGAUUCUUGGAACGCCGGCGAGCGAGCCGGGGGCUCAGGAUUCUCUUCCGACGGCCUCUACCGUGGCUAAAAGUCCUCUUUCAGUGAGGACUUCUUCUUGUAUCCAAGGAAAAAAGUGUUAGUAUCUACAGUUACGCAUUUAUUGAUAUAAAAAUUCGUGCGACGUUCUAGAGUACUAGAACCGAAACUAGCCCGGCAUGACAAAGAAAAACUAGAAGAGUGCGGAGAUCAUAUAGGUAAAGUGACACGCAUGAAACUCGAGAUGUGGUGGAAGCAUUUCCGGUGUGGCAGAGGUUGUCUUCCUACUUGUGUGGCCCGAGAUAAGAAAAUGUGCAUACUAGAGCUCUUUUUUCCAACCGGGAUAAGGGCCUCGACGAAGAUGACAGCAUCCCGAGUGCCGAUUCAGGGCCGGUUCUACCGGUUUUAUAACGCGGACUUGGUGGAUUGCCCCGUCUGCUACAGCCGUAAACUGGUGUCCGUCGACUACCUGUGCGGGCACUCGUUCUGCUACGAGUGCGCGGCCUGCUGGAGCUACGAGGCGCCCAAAACGGGGUUCGUGUCCUAUUGCAAGGAAAAAUCCUCCCUCCCCAUACUGAAAAGGUAUAUUUUUGGAAAUUUGUAAUGCUGAUUUGUGACCACAAAUCGUGUCUGUCUCGCAAGGAGGCAACUCCGCAGGUUCCGCCGCAUUGUGCAGGCGGUUUGUCAUGCUGUUCGGCCUACAGCGCGGACGUAUUUCGUGCUAAGCGCCUAAGCCAAAGCCCCGCUACUCACGCUUGGUAUGGGCCUUCAGUGCCCUCCAGCAAGACGCCUCGGAUUUGUGUACGCAAGUCCAGCGUCACAAGUUUCCUUUUCGAUAUGGGGUGGGGGGUUUUUUCCUUUUCAUAUGACCUGCCCCACGUGCCGGGCUGAGAUGCCGGGCGCCCGGGUCAAGUUUGGGCUGGCGGACUACUGCCACACGGUGCAGGACCUCCGGCAAGUCCUGGACACGCUGCCCCCGCAGGUGUUGCAGCAGUCCACCUGCAGCAGCAAGCAGGAGUGGCUCGGGGAGCAGAUCCUGGACUUGAUUCACACGGGCGACGUGGAGGUGGUGAAGCAGGUCGUCGAGUUGUACGGCGCCUCCUUUCUGAAACACAACGAGGCGACCAAGAUGCACUCGGUGAGCGUGUUGCUCCCGGCCGUGGGGGACGGGCACGUGGAGCUGGUUCGCUACCUGCUGGGGCCCGAGGUGCAGUGCGAUCCAAAUUUGGGAAUGUUCGCCGGGCGAAAGAGGCCGUCUAGUCUACUUCGGGGGGCCGAGGAGAUCGGUGGCAACCAGACGCGACAGGAGGCGUCAGCUUCAACUACUACUUCCGGGCCAAGGCACGGCCUAACGAGUGCUGCAACUUCAACUGCAGCAGGAAGUACAAUUCGGGGGCCAGCAGCACCAGCGCCCGGUGCCCCCGCCGGCACCAGUACUAAUUCUAAUGCCGGAGGAUCAAGUGCACGCGGCCGGGGCGGGCCCGGGGCUGGAAGUUCUUUGACCACGACGGGUCCGAGCGCCACAGCCGGUGUUAUUUCCUUGUCAGGAAACAACGGAACCGCGGAUCAAGGAGGCGAACGACCUCCUGUUUCGUUCGAUCCCACGCCGGCCUUUCCGCUGUGGCAGGCGCGGAAGCCGGUGAUUUGCAACCUGCUGCUGAACUAUGGCGCGAACCCGAACCUGCGGAACUGCAACGGGGCGCAACUGCUGCACUGGCUCGCGUGGAACGCCACCGGACUGGACUUGCAAGUUCUGGCGCACCUGAAGGCGCUCCUGUUUCCGUACGAAGUAGAAGGCGAGAGCUGCAGUCACCUGUCGAGCAGGAGCAGCAACGACCCCGUGGUCGUCGAACAGGGACCAGAUUCUGACGCGAAUGCAACAUCACCAACAGCUGCAAAAAGAAAUCCAGCCUGUGCUUCUAGAAGUGGGGACGAAAAACAAGAUGCUGAACAACAGGUAUCAAUAGCUGAUUCAUCUUCUGCGACGGAAGAACAAAGGGACUCCACCCCCCCUGGCCAGGAUCAUGUUGUGGCACAACCACAGGACCAACAGCGGGCUCACCAGCAACCCGGCUCGUCGGGCGGAGGAACAACAGCAACGCAGUCCGUUGCACGCGGAGCGGAACACCAGCCCGGGCCCGCGGAAAUGAAAGUGAACAAUAACAUCCACAGUGUGGAUUUGAACGGGCUGAGCCACGAACUUUCUGCCCAGGGCCAGGUGUUCGACACGAAUUUUCUGCAGCUGCUCCUCUGGCGCACGGAGUCGAAGCCGCGGAAGCCCUCCGAGGCGAACCAGGUGGCGGGCCCGUCGCGGGAGUUCCUGUUUAAGGUGAUUGACCUGGUGCACAAGAAGGGGGGGUUCGACUGGAACUACGCGGGCGGCGUGGCGCUGCUGGAACCAAGGAAGUGCUUCUAUUACUGGAAUGAGAAGCAGGUAAAAAGCAGAAGAAGCGGAAAUAAGGACUACCGUGAGGAGAAGCAUUCUACUCCUCGCCGCCGUCCUACGAACAAGGGCGGCUUUGUUACAACGACGUUGAAAAAAAGGCCAGGGCAUCGUCCUGCUCCCGAAGACGAUGAUCAUGUCGUUGUCGAGAAGGGUUGGCCAGUGAGACACUCGGAACAACAAGACGAAGAACACACCAGCACAUCUGAAGUAGAUGAAGAAGACCGUGUCAGCAGCUGCACUAGAGGAACCAUUCCACCCACGACCACGAACGGCGCGUCUUUGGUCCGCGGGCCGUACGCGAUGUGUCUGGGGAGCAGUCUGCUGCACGCGUGCGGGCUGUUUCUCGAGGACGAGGUGGGCAGUGCGGUCGCGAGUUACUUGCUGGAGAAACGGAAGCAGUGUCCCGCGUUUCGCGCGCAGUUGGACGUCAACGUGCGGUGCGAAAUCCGGGUGAUGCAAGACGAAGCGACCGUGAAGGAAACGAUUCUGGGGUGGAGGCCGGUGGUGCAGGCGCUGAUGCAGGACGCCCCGGAGACCGCACUCGUUUUCCUGAAUCUUUGUGACGCGGCGGCCGCAAAGGCAGGGCCGGACGAAGAUCAGCGAAGGACGACAGGGGAGAGUGGUAGUGGUACUUCGUCCUUCGUCGAAGAGGCCGUAUUAGUACCAGAGAGCGGCGGCUCGCCGCGAACCGCUGGUCCGGCCGACGACGCCGCCGGUGGCGAAGUACCACUUGAGGAAGUCCUACUUGACGCAGAAGGGAACAAGAACAACAGCACCACCUCUGGUCGUCGCGGUGACCGGGGGGCACCGGAUGACGAGGACGCUGCACAACUCGUUUUGGACCUUCACCCGGAUCCCGGGACCAAGUUGGGCGUCCUGCACGUGUGUGGGGAGAUUUCGAACCCGCGGAAGCGCGUGGAAAUCGUGCGGAAGCUGUUGCACCUCGACCCGGGGCUCGCGCACCAGGAGGCCCGGCGCACGCCGGUCCUGGUUUCGUUUCUGGAGACGCCCUUGCAGGUGUUCGCACGCCAGCACGACGUGGAAGUGCUGAAAAUUCUCGUUGAAGAAUACUACGCGGGCUGGAUCGAAGCAGGCGCGGAAGGAGGUGACGAGCAUGUAGUUUUACGCGGGGAAAGCAAAAGUUGUAGGCAGUCGCAGCUGCAAGAGGCCACAAGGUCCGAGAACCCGGAAGUAGAUGAAGAACCCUUCACCUCGCCAAGUAGAACAUCUUCAACAGAGGUGAAAAGAAAAAGCAGCGAAGUCGCCGCUUCUGCAGCUGUUCCUGUAGUGGAGGUUGACACGGAUAAUUAUACGGAAGUACAGCAAAGGCUGCUGCAGCAGGGUUACUGCACAUCAACGUCAAAUGUUGAGCAGGACGGAGCCGACAGUACGGUAGUGUUUCCACUUGAUGGCCAUCAUGAAGGAUCACCAGAGGUGGGACUGAACGUGCAACCAGCGGUACACCUCCAGACUGCUACCCGGAGGACGAGCAGGAUGAAAAGUGCAGAAGGCAUAAUUACAAAUGAAGAAGCAGUAGAGUUGGUCCACCUCGCUCCUGCCCAGCUCACCGCCAGUAGUCCUCUCCGAAGGAGAAGGACGACGACGUCCACUGGUACAACAUCUUCAUCAUGCAGCGCUCCCGCACUUCAACCGCAGGAGCUGCAGCAGACCACAGCUGCGGGAACUACAAUAAAGCGCACAAGAAGUAGAAUUUCGACCGGUUGUUCCGCAUCACGAGUACUAGACUUCGCGACGGUGCAGCUGGCGAUCAUCUCUGCGAUUUCCUAUCCGCAUUACACGGAGGCGCACGAGGAACAGGCGCUGGAGACGGUGCAGUAUUUAUGCGGGCAGUUUUUCCGGGCGUCCUCAUGUUCGACUGGACGAGGUGGCGGAACAAGCACGUGUUCGAAGAAGAAGCAGGCUGGAAGAUCUUCUCCUACUUACGACCUGUUCGACCUGCUCACGGUCCCGCAUCCGCACCAUUCCGCCCUGACGCCGCUGCACGCCGCUGCCGCGAAGGGGUGGGUCCGGAUGAUGAUGUGGCUGAUGGAGAGCGACGAGCGAGUCGCGGAAAACCAGCCGGCGGUGGUCAAUAGGAACUUCGCGACGCCCGUGGUCUCCGUCGCUGUGCGGGCGGGGAGAGCGGAAAUGGUGGAGUUGCUCGUUAUCCAAUGCAAAGAAAUAUGUCUGGGUCUGGAAGAAAUCUGUGAUAUGGGAGGUUGGAAAAUCAUGACGCCGCCUGAAUUGGUGGCCGAGCAUGAGCAUGAUGACAAGUAGUUUUGAGUCGCUAGGUGUUCUUGAGUCCUAUUCAUCUGCGUGGCCGCAAACUGCGCUGCUCCAUGACAAAAGCGUGGGGCAGCACUUGGAGAAGUUCUUAACGGGCUACAUAACAGACUUGAGGAUCAUGCUGGACGAGCAUGACAAACCGUGCACAACUCUUCCAGCACCCAGAUUGAUACUUGCAAUGCAUACUCGUGGAGGCUUACGGGGCGGAUCUGGAGGCGAGAUCGCAUGGGGAGUUCGUUGACAAUGACUACCUGCCGAGUUUACCCAUGGAGAUGCAGCAGAGCCCGUCCCAGCCGAUGGCGCAUCUGCCGAGUGAAAAAUCCUUCCGCCUCCUGUACCAGGCUUGUCUGUCCGGCCGCAGUUUCGAAAUGGCGGCGAAGCUUAUCCGACGAGUGCACAUGUCCAAUGUUUAACCCCCGCCUCUCGCUUUGUUUCCACAUAAUUGAUUUGGAGUGUAAGUUGUGGUGUGCCCGAAGGUGGUAGGAGCGCCACAAAUUACUACACACAAGCGUUGAAAAUUACUACACACAAGCAACAGCAACUAUGCAUGUUUUUUUACAUGAUAUUUUCACAUUUGCUUGUCCACAUGAAAAAUCAAAUGCGUAUAGUUUUGCUGUUCUUGUUGUACGGAGGACUGCUUCUCGUUCAUCCAACAGUUUCUCACAACAAGCAGCCGAAAACAAAGCAACGAAUGAAUUUCGGCACUUUAUUGCAUGGCAAGAGGGUGGUAGUGCUCCUUUGGGGAGAUGUGCAUCGUCAUAGAUGUUUUGUACUGCUACGGGGUGACCACGACCGACCUGUCCCUAGCGGAAUCCUUCGGGGCGCUGAAGGAAAUGGUAGAGGACGAGAAAAAAACCGGAGCUGUUGAUGAAAAUGUAUCACGUGCAAAAGUUGAUGUUGUAUCGCAUCUGUUUAUUGUUCGGACGAAGAGCAGUGGUGCAAUCUUGCAUCUUCGCGGAUCUCUUUCAUCUCUAUUUGUGCAUUUUUACAAAAGUUAGAGGGUGUUCUUUUUCUCCGCAAAAAUUUCUGCCUGGACCGAUCGUAGAAGCAGUGCGAAGAUGCUUUCGUAGUGCAUAUUGUGGAAAUAACCAGGUGGAGCUUUCUCCCCGGGAGAAACGGGCUGUGCUCGACGUAGCGUCCGCCUACAGCUACCUGGGCCGUCUCACCUGGGAGCACCAGUACCGCUCGAGCCCAACGGCCCAGGUGUUGGGCUUGGCCAGCGCGGAGCAUAUCAACCUGAAAAAUGCAACGUCCGCGUCGACCCCAGAAAUGGGAGAGAAUAUUUCUUGUCAUGCGGAUCUUGAUGUUCCACAUCCACCGCACGGAAAUAUGAUUCUCAGCUUGGAAUCCCGUGCGCACUACUUGCAAAAUUUCGACAGGAAUAGCAGCAAAAACCGGGGGUCUUACAUGACAGUAGAGAACUAAUGCAGGAGGUACACAAGCUGUGGUAGUGAUGUGCAGUGGGCUCCUGCCGCUUCCCGCUUUUCCAUAAAUAGUCUGGACGGAAAUGAUCCAUAUCACCACGCGGCUUUGUUUCGAUCAAAAAUAAUGCGCAAAAUGAUAAAGCAUUUGCAAACCGGAUGAAGCACUUUUUUGCAUCAAUCCUCGGGUCGGGGCGGGGCGAUUUUCCAUACAAUAGACGACCAUCUCGAUUUCAAGCGGAUUAAGCAGCUGCUGACGUUGUUAACGGGGGAGACCUGGGAAACCACUCCGAUGGGAGACACUGUGCUCAAGACGAUGGCUAGCGCCCCCGCACCUCUCGCGGGUCGUGGGACUUCUCAUGCGUCAUCCGUCGGUCGUACGGGCCAGCAGCAGCAACACCGCAUCGACGUGCUGGAAAAUGGUGCAGUAGUUGCAACAACUUCUAGUACAACGGGUACACGUACGGACGACGCCGUGCUGACCGCUUACCCGGCAGGGCAGGCUGAAAGUUCAUCAAGUUCGGCGUACCAUCUCCCGAUGAUGUAUCAUACCACCGUGAAACAAAGUCUACCCACGACGAUCCGGACCACUUAAAAAGUACUGCUAUGAUUUAAACUUUUUCGUCUUCUCGGUGGAAAUGAACAUCCUGCGCAUGGUGCUAGCAACAGAAGCAGAUUUCCACUGGAGAAUAGCAAAAAUCUGUGUUCUUGUAGUUUGCUUCGAAAAAUAAACGUGGCUUCAAGGGCGAGCGGCGUGGCCGCGUGUUCCCAUUCCAAAGCAAAAAGAAUUUUUCACCUAGUGGACAAGGAAUUCACCUACAUUGAGGAAAAGUUUCACGUAAUACUAGAGAGAGACUUUAUAUAUGCCGCGCGCAUGAUCUAGUAGGUCCUCAUGCUCGUGGGGCGCUUUUCAUUGUCAUAGCGCCGGACGGAACUUUUUAUUUGGCUGGACGACGCUACCGGUCGGUGGUGCGGCCCGUCCAGGGGGAGGCGGAUGGCUAUCAAAUCUGUGUCGAGGAGGUGAGCAACGAUUGUCCAGAUUUGCAAGAGGAUUAUCAUGGGACGAGAGACGGUGCCUUCGCGGACUGCGCUCAUAAUGCUGAAGAGGAGGAUCAUAUUCUUUGUAAAAACGUUGGAUCACCCCGGGCCUGUCAUGCAGAUUUGCACCCGCAGGAACAUACCCAUGAGGUAAAGCGGUCCUGGUCGUGUUUCGGCGCUUGUAAUGCUGUAAUUAGUAUAAAGUUGAAGUUGAUGGCUUAAGACUCGGCUGCAGCGCUUACGAACCUGCAGUACACUUCUACAGAGAGAGCCUUGUGGUCAUGCGCGACUCCCAAGAUUAAUUGAUUUCUGGUUUUCUUAUGUUGCAGGAUUCCCAACUGGACUCUGGGACGUGGGCGCCGUUUUUACACAGGAUAGGAUUCGGACCCGCGGUAGCAAUCGAUGUACCUGCGGAACAAACAGGAACAAAAGUUGCUGGUGCGAAGGCCGCAGAAAAUGAUGGAAAAAAGAGCAAGUCAGCACCACAACAUGUUUCCAGUUGCUGCUGCGGCGGCCGGAAGAAAAGAGGGUAAACUCGUCCAAGAAGAAAACAGCGAAAGAUAGUGGACAUGGUGAUAAGUCGCGGCUUUCUACUUUUGAGCAUCAAUUAAUCGAAAGCAAGUGAAGAGAGCUAGAACUUCGGCUGCUCGGCUCUGCGUUUUUCAUUUACGUUGUGCGCAUGGAACUGUACUGGCAGUCACGCAAAUUGGGGCACAUGAAUAAAUUGCACAUGGUGACUUCGACUCUUUAACCAUUGUCUGUUGCUCGCUGUACUGCAGGCAGUACGGAGGGCGGAGGUCGCCAUAUCAUGGUCUUCUUACAUCAUCACCUUAUGUGAAGCAGCAAGAGGGUGAGUAUAAGAUGAUGAUGAAAACAAGAGCCUUGGAAUGAAAGAUCUGAUUGCCGGGCCAGCGUUGGCAAGCGCAAACCCUCCCUGUGGAAAAUGCACUUCAAAAGAAUAGUGGUUUCUCCCACCAAGAGCACAGCCCAUAUUUAUAUCCCGCACAGUUAAAGAUCAGUAGUUUGACGAUUGUAAGAUAACUGUAAGUACACGUGAGUUGUCUGAACAAAAGAUCACGUAUCAAAACAUAAAUAAUUCCACCAGUCCGGCUUUGUUGUGCACGUCAUAGCUUUCGUGGAUAAUCUAUGCACUUAAAAACCCACUUGAUGAGUGACUCGUGACGACCUCCACAGUGUUUACCUCCCUGUGCUCGACGACACAGCAGGUAGGAUGUCCAACGUGCAGAAACCCUUUUUGAACAGCUACAUGUAAGUAUACGCAUGAACAGCUACAUGAAACGAUCAUAAAUCGUGCUGUAGCUGUCUGCCCUCCUCUCUCAGCCUCAGUCAUUAUUUCCCCGCACGACUGUGUGCUCCCACUCGACAGUAGUGCAUUCCUUUGAGAACAACUCAACCGGCUUGCCUGG